UCAGGCGUGACUUUUGGCUUUCAUUACUAUCUCUUCUCUCUUUCUCUCUUUCUCUCUACAAAACAAAAAAACCCCAUCAAGAAUUCAUCAAUGGCGAUGUCUUCGAAAUGUUCUUGAUUCUUUCACCUAAUCAUGUUUUUUUUUUUCUCCGUUAACUUCCUCUUUUGGUACUUUUGAAGCAGACAGUAAAGAGAGGGAGAAUCAUUCUGAAAUCUGAAUUCUCAAUUUCCCCUGUUUCUGUUUCAUUUUCCUCUGUUUUUCUUGGUCUAUAAAGUCAUGGCUGUGUGGCCGGAGAAGAUGCUGGGGGAAGGUCGGAGUCGGGACAGGAAAGAAAAUCCAUCUUUCUCUACGACUCUUCUUGACGCAAUUUACCGUUCCAUUGACGAACCCAGUGGUGGAAAAGGAAAGGAGGAGGUGAUUUUCUACAGGGAAACCAUGAGGAAGAAAGUUAGUAGUGAGAAGGUUGCGGCAGGUCGUCGCAAAUCCAUGGCGGAUUUUGAUGCUGGUAUCUUAAAUUUGAGUUCGACCUCUUCGGAUUCCAGUUCCGGAGGUGGGUUUUCCUCCUCGGAGUCGGACUCUUUCUACGGUGUGAAAUCGAGGUCGUCGAGUUACACGGCGGGUUACACCGCUCAGAGGCCGAAACCGAUUCGGACGAGCGUCUCCGCCUGGAAUGAGAGGUACGUGCCUCCGCAAUUCGAAACACAAAAGCCGAAGCACGAGGGAGGUUUUAACAGGACAAAAUCGAAAGCCCUGAAGAUUUACAGCGAUCUCAAGAAGGUGAAGCAGCCAAUUUCCCCCGGUGGCCGCCUCGCGAGUUUCCUGAACUCUCUUUUCACUGCCGGAAACGCCAAAAAAGCGAAAAUUUCUUCACCUGUGUACGAGGAGGGGAAGACUCCGUCUUCAUCAACAUGUUCCUCAGCUUCUUCCUUCUCGAGAUCUUGCUUGAGCAAGACACCCUCUUCGAGGGGGAACGGUACAAAGAGGUCCGUCCGAUUCUACCCCGUCAGCAUCAUCAUAGAUGAGGAUUGCAGGCCAUGCGGACGAAAAAGCCUCCAUGAAACAGAACAGAGUACGGUAACAGACUCCAGAAACAGAGACCUUGAAUUACGAAUUAUGGAAGAAAACCGGCGAGUUGUGGAAGCUGCAAAGGAUCUACUGAAGAACUACCAGAAGAAAAAGGAGGAAUUCGACAUGAGAAAACUCAGCAACAAUGUGAACGAAGGAGAAUCUAGCGAUGAAGAAGAUGAAGAUGAUGCUGCGAGUUAUGCAAGUUCUGAUCUUUUCGAAUUGGACAAUCUGUCAGUUAUUGGUGUCGAAAGGUAUCAUGAAGAAUUACCAGUUUAUGAAACAACCCAUCUCGAUACUAAUCGAGCCAUUGCUAAUGGUUUGAUCAUGUAAUUUUCCCAGAAAAGAAAGCUCGGGGAAAUCAUCUUACUUAGUUUUCAUUAAUUAAAUUAAUAGUGUGGGGGUUUACAUCAAAGAAUAAGAUUUCUCCUUUGGUAUAGUACGGUUAAUAAUGAUAAUUUUAUUUUGGGUGUAACAUUAGUUUAGUUGAAAGCAUGUCAUCUGUUGUGAAAUUAAGAGAGAGAUUCACGGAAAAUUACUUCUAAUGAUGGCUGCGAGCAAAACCGUUCUUUUGUUGCGAGCUUUCAGGAGGAUAAUCGCAGUACCAACAAAUUAAUCAAUUUGUUGCAAAUAUUAUGCUGCCGUUGGUCUUUCAGGAUGCUGCCGCAGAUCUCCACCAUGCUGCCAAGGUGCUAUAAAUACCUAAUGAUAAGAUCAAGCAAAGGAUCGACAUCUCACACAACAAACUCAGCACAAUUUC